AUGGGGAACAAACAAACCGUCUUCACUGCACAACAACUCGACGCAUAUCAGGACUGCACAUUUUUCACCAGGAAAGAAAUUUUAAGACUGUUUCACCGUUACCGGGACUUGGCACCUCAGCUUGUUCCACUUGACUACACCAACCAACCAGAUGUGAAGUUGCCAUAUGAGCUAAUUGGCAGCAUGCCAGAGCUGAAGGACAACCCAUUCCGACAGAGAAUAGCUGAAGUGUUCUCUGAAGAUGGAGAAGGCAACAUGACAUUGGAUGAUUUCUUGGACAUGUUCUCAGUGUUGAGCGAAAUGGCACCAAGAGACUUAAAAGCUUACUACGCCUUUAAAAUCUAUGACUUUAACAACGAUGACUUCAUCUGUAAGGCGGACCUGGAAAAAACCCUGAACAAGCUGACACGGAAUGAGCUAACAGAGGAUGAGGUGAGGAUGGUGUGUGAGAAAGUGAUCGACGAGGCAGACCUGGACAACGACGGACGGUUAUCUCUGGAAGAUUUCCAGCACAUGAUUGUGCGAGCUCCUGACUUCCUCAGCACCUUCCAUAUAAGAAUAUGA